AUGUCAACUCCAAAGAGCAUGGUGCUAGGGUUGCUUCGCAAUAUUAAGAAAUCAGAGCUGAAUUUUAAAAGUAGUGAUGGGCUCAGAGAGCCAGUGGCACUACGAAAUCCGGUAAUUUCAUUCAAGUCUUAUAAUCCAUCGCUUACGAAAGAGGAUUUUUUGAUGCAGUUGCCACGUUAUCAGCUUUCUCAAGAUUUUGGUAAGGGUGAGGUGGGGAAUUUUCGUCUGUGGAAAGUGAGGGACGAUCGAUAUUUUAUGUUUAGAGACAAGUAUCUGUUACAUUUUGAUACGGUAAAAGGUAUGAAAGCGUAUAUGAGGAUGACUGGGAUGUCGAGAUUAGAUGAUCGUAAGCUACGUUUUGAGACAGAACUCACAGAAAAUCAAUUGGAGGACUAUACGAAAUAUCGAUGUCGUCUAAAGAAGGCUUUUAGUUCUAGGGAAGAAUACUUCCAGUCGCUGAAAGAACCGCUUGUGUGGUCGGAGAAUGAGAUACUAAGUGCUGAUGAUAUUAGAGAAAUUGAACUUAAGUCAUUACUUGUAUGGAAUUUCCCUAUGGAUUAUAAACGACACAAUGUAUUGGAUAAAUUCUGGUGGUACGAUAUCAAAGAUUGUUUUAAAAUAUACUGGAAUACGAAUACUGGCAGAAACCUAACAUAUAUGUCUUUUAAUAACCCAGAUGAUGCAGUAAAAUUCAAGCUGAACUUACAUGGUUCUCAAUUAGAAGAGCAGAAAUUGCUUAUAGAAAAACUAUAG